CAUAUUGUUGUCAACAGAGAUGGCGCUGCGUGAAGGAGCCCUGCGUUUAAACGUGCUGGUCAGAAGCCGUCAUUUUUACAAGUUAACUUCACUGGGUGUUGGUGCCCGCUCGUUGACUGAGAAAGUGUCAUCUAAACAAGUAAAGUCCAGUGCCCCAGAGACUGCAGCCGACCACUUAAUCUACACACAAGAGCACUUUGCAUUAAAGGAGUCCCUCAGAAAGCUCAUCGACCAGGAGAUCAACCCUUACGUCGAUCAAUGGGAAGCAGAAGGGAAGUUUCCAGCCCACAAGCUCUUCAAGAUCUUAGGAAAUGCAGGAUUUCUAGGAGUCAACAAACCAGUUGAAUAUGGAGGCUUGGGCCUCGACUUCAGCUUCAGUGCAGCAGUGGCAGAGGAGCUGGGCAACAUCCGCUGUGGAGGAAUCCCCAUGGCCAUCGGGGUACAAACUGACAUGACGACUCCGGCGCUGGCCAGGUUUGGUUCGGACGAGCUUAAGAAGGAGUUCCUCCUUCCCUCCAUCAGUGGGGACAAAGUGGCCUGCCUUGGAGUGAGUGAGGUUGGAGCUGGCUCUGAUGUUUCGAGUAUCAAGACCAAGGCAGUGAGGAAAGGUGAUGAGUAUGUGAUCAAUGGGGGAAAGAUGUGGACCACCAACGGUACCCAGGCUGACUGGAUGUGUCUCCUCGCCAACACCAGUGACGGGCCCCCACAUAAGAACAAAUCACUCAUAUGUCUACCCAUGAACUUGCCAGGAGUGCACAUCGCCCGAAAGAUUGAUAAACUGGGUAUGUGGUCAUCUGACACCGCCGAAGUGUUUUUCGAUGACGUUCACGUGCCCUGUAAGAAUGUUAUCGGCCAAGAAGGCAUGGGCUUUACCUAUCAGAUGCUUCAGUUCCAGGAAGAGAGGCUUUGGGCAGUGGCCAAUAUCUUGACCACUAUGGACAACGUCAUUCAGGAGACCAUCCAGUACACACAGCAGAGGAAGAUCUUCAAGCAUCCCGUCCUUCAUCACCAGGCAGUUCACUUCAGGUUGGCCGAGCUGCAGACAGAGGUCGAGCUGCUCCGCUCUCUCCUCUACCGUGCUACAGCGCUGUAUAUUAAAGGCAACGAUGUCACCAAGCUGGCAUCCAUGGCCAAAUUAAAGGGGGGACGCCUUGCCAGAGAAGUGGGUGACAGCUGUCUCCAGUACUGGGGAGGGAUGGGCUACACCAGUGAUGUGCUAGUCAGCCGAUUUUACAGGGAUUCCAGGUUAAUGUCAAUUGGUGGAGGAGCUGAUGAGGUAAUGCUGGGAAUCAUCUGCAAGUACAUGGACACACUACCUGGCAAGUGAUGUAAUCAACACUAACCCCAGUGGGAAAAUCACUUCUGAUUUGUGCACUUUAAUCAGUUACUCAGAUGAGGAGAUUUUGCCUUUUUAACAAUACUGUAUGUGGUCAUAAAGACAUCCUCAUACGGUCAAUCACACAGAAUAAUGAAGCCCCCCCCCCCUUCCUUGUCUGUACACACGUGCAACAAUGCAGUUUUGGUUGUAUGUAAUUUGUUACUUAUGUAAUUAUUGUUUAGAAUUAAGAAAAAUAAUGUUCUUUAAUAAAAAUUGUUUUAUGUUUGAGAUUUUCGCGCUGAAGACAUUUCAGCACAUCCAACAGCAUGAAGUUACACCAGCUAAUCCAGAGCAUAAAAUUUGUUUAUUUACAUUAAUAUUUUUACAAUAAAGAUGAAACAAUGACGUACACUACUGUCGCACGUGUGGUCGUCUUAUGACAAUAGAAUGUGUCCUUUCACCCUUAAAAGCGCAUACACUAGAUUAUGCAGAUCAUUCUAUAACUUGUUCAAGUUGAACUCAGCUGAUUGCUGAGAAUUACAGUUCUCGACACUGCCGUAUCGUCUACAGUCAUAAAUCAUGCUCUUCUCAAUCCAGGUUAACUGGUCAGAUAUUAAGUAUAAACACCGUAAAUACUGAUAUUGUCUGCUUCAUAUAUGCAUACAGUAUGCACUACAUUUCCUGUGAUUAUUGAUUUUCUCAGACAUUGUCCUAAACCACUUAUACUUUUUAGUACUCCUUUAAAAAGCAUUGGUAGGCCUUUCUACACUUUUUCUCGAGUCAUUGUUUGAAAGCCUGACACUGUGGCACAUAUUAAAGUGUAAUGACUUAAAAAAAAAAAAAAAACACA